UCUAUUCCUUUUAGUUGGAAAUCUUAUAGAAAAGAGGCUAGGUCUGGCUAACUGGAGCAGAGCAAGUUUGUAUACUCACAAUCCUGCGGAGGAACGUCACGAUACAUUAAUUUUAUAAUCAAAAAGUUUAACAGUAAACCUUAAUCAUGACAGGGCUACUUAAAGCAAAGAAAUAUGAUUGGACAGAUAGCAAUAUGGCCCUUUUCGGCUCAGAUACUGAAAAGCAGGUUAAAAAAGAAUCAGCUGCAACUGAACCUGCAUGGCAGGGGGCUGGUCAAGCACCAGGACUGAGAAUCUGGAGAAUUGAGCAAUUUCAAGUCAAAGACUGGCCAAAAGAGGAUUAUGGUGAAUUCUACAAUGGUGAUUCCUAUAUAGUUCUUAAUACUUAUAAAGAUCAAGAUGGCGACAACUUGCUUCAUGAUGUUCAUUUUUGGAUUGGAAAAAAUAGUAGCCAGGAUGAGUAUGGUACUGCUGCCUAUAAGACUGUAGAACUAGAUACCUAUCUUGAUGAUGUACCAGUUCAACAUCGAGAAUGUCAAGGUCAUGAAAGUAGUCUUUUUAAGUCUUACUUUCCACAAGGAAUCACCACAAUGGAAGGUGGUGCUGCAAGUGGUUUCCGCCAUGUUACACCUGAAACCUAUGAACCCAGACUAUUUAAAUUUGCAUCAGAUCAAAAUGGACGCGUUGCUGUUAGAGAGAUCCCUCGUGUAGCUUCAUUGGUUGUACCCGGUGAUGUAUUCAUUCUGGACCUUGGGCUUAAGAUCUAUCAAUACAAUGGAGAGGAAUCAAGUGCACGUGAGCGCUCAAAGGCUAUGCAAUACAUUGGGAACCUUAAAAGCCAAAGAGGUGAGGCAGUCUCACAAGUUCUUGAUGGUGGAAGUGUUCCUAAAUCUCAUGAGUUUUGGGAGAAACUGGACAAACAACUUGAUGACGAUGAUGAUGAUGAUGAUGGCGUUGAAGAUAAAAAGUUACUAAGAGUCAAUACAGAGACUUCUCAGACUGAUCUAAUCAAAGAAGGAGAUUUCAACCUUAGUGAUUUGAAGUCAGAUGAUGUCUUUAUUUGUGACAGUGGUGAAACAGUUUUUGUUUGGGUGGGAGGCAAUGCAUCAGCUGCAGAGAAAAGAAAUGGCCUACCAUAUGCUCAUAAUUAUUUGAGAGGCAGUGGUCGCCCAUGGAGAUCAAUAACUGUUGUUAAGGAAGGUCAGAAGUGCCUACAGUUUGAGGCAGCUCUGGCAGCCUAAUACAGAUUUUAAAACAUCUCUUCUUGAAAGAUAAUGGUGCUGGUCUAUGCUUAAAUAAUUUCUUGAACUGCCAAGCUUUUAGUCAUAAUACUCACAAAGUGCACGAUAUUGUAUUAUAUGAAAGUCUCUAGUCAUCUUUGGUUAAAACAGUGACAUAACUUUGUUGACAAGUUUAUAUGCUUGGCUUAGUAUUCAGUGAUUUAACAUGGUGAAAACAAAUUUUGCUUCUGUACUUAAUUAUUUUGGUUAGUGCAAACUUAUUUACACAUCAUUAUAUAUUAUACAUGAUCUAUGUAUCAACCUUCUUUUAUUCUAUUCACUACUGAUUGCUUUGUAUUUCUUUAUUUCCUGUUUAAUAUUCACAUUUUUGUCUCAUGGAAAUUUGAAGCCCAGAAGGAUGAUUUGAUAGUGACCCAAAGAUUAAGACACAUUUCGUAUUCUAUAUGCAAGACAAAUUUGUUCAAGCGCUCCUUCUUCCCUAGUGCCUUUGGCGCAUGGAGUGGGUUACCUGAAUUAGCCAGGAAAACCAAUGACUUAUCCAUCUCUAAUUAACAUGCAUGACUAGAUUAAGAUGUUGGACUUUUUUUCUUCACUUUUGAAGGAACAUUUGUAAUGAGAUUUUUUUUGUUUUUUUCACUUAUAAGUUCGGAUGUUAUUGGAAAAAGAUUUACACAAAAAAUAAUAAUAUUGAAUGCAGAUUAUUAUUACAUUUGAAUUAAUGGUUGCUUAAUACUCACAUGACAGAUAUGAACAAAACUUAGCACUAUCAACUUAUGGCUGGGCUUAUUAGUUUCUCCAGGCCACUGCUGAUGACUUGAAAUAUUGACAUUGUGUGCAAUUUUUUUUAGAUUGUAAUUAAAGCACAUAAAAUACUGAAACCACUGGAAAUGCAUAGAAUCAUCAAUUAGUGAAUUUUAUUCUACUAGGAAUUUGUAUUAGUUAAUGUGUAUUACAAAAAAGAAUGUGAUUUUUUUUUUUUUUACAUUCUUUUCUUUUUGAAAUUGUACACUUUGUUGUUUGUUUUAAAUGCCUUGCAUUAUUUGUAACUGUGUUGAUAAAGAUACCACCAAGAGAUUAAAAUGCCCUUGACUUCUUUUGUGGGUAGAAUCUUUACAUUAUAUUUGGUGGUAUGGGGUAUAGUGUAAAUUAUGCUGUUAUACAUUCUGAAUCAUUCUUGUCAGGUUUUAUUAUUUAUUUUGAAUCUCAAGAAAAACCCUAGUUACAAUAAUUGUUUGUACCACUUUUUAUUCAUACACAUGGUGCUGGUUUGUGAUUUUUCUUAUAAUUCUACAUUGUAAUGAAGUAUAUUGUCUUUUGUUUGUGUCAAUAUUUUUUAAAACUAAUUUAUCAAGUAGUCUAGUCUCAAUCUCACAAUAAAUAUUGUAUAAUAAAAAUG